CCCAACCCGCAACACCCCCCCUUGCCAUAACUUAGACUAAGCCUCGGUUCGGCUACCGUAUUUGCAAGCAACGGAAAUAUCCGAACUCCCUUGGCCACGUGUAAGACAAGCGAAUUCAACGGUUCCACAACUGUCAUCACCAUCUUUUCCGAAAUCCGUAAUUCCCAACGUCAACCGGCCACCUCUCAGCAUCCGGGUCUAGCGAUACUCCCCGCUCGCUCCCAUUUCAGACACGGUCAGAGACAAACUUGCAAACUGAGAUGUUCGUCACAAGUCCGAAGCUGCGCGUCCGUUCUCCAUCCCCGACAACUGUGGAAUUCACGGUCACCACAGCUCCCAGUCACCUUCUCACGCGCCAGGUGGUAACGUGGAGUACUGUCCUUCUCCGACUGUUGGCAUGCUCCUCAGGGGUUCUACUCGUCCUGCUCAAAUAUUACCCCCCGCAAACCUUCACGUUAAGUGCUCAUGUGCACGCGUACAUCCAUCUGCUGCUGCAAUCCAUCUCCGUGCUCUCUACGCGAAUUCCGUGGCAGUACUUACUACCUGGCGCUGCUGCGGCUCUGUACAUUGCCGUAUUCGCGCCUGGAUACACCGAAGAAUCGCUGCUAGUGAUUAGAGACCUUGGAGUGCAGAUCAGCACAACUACCUGGGGCGGGAGGCGGAGUAGGUUUAUACCUACCAAUGCGGUUAGGGAUCUGUGGAUCCACGAGGGGUUUUGCGGGUUUGAGGUGAGAUUUUAUUUGGCAGUUGUGGUGGAGGGGGAGGAGGGGGUUGUCGUUGUUUUUCCAGUGAGUGUCGCUCUAGAAGGGAGCAAUGGGAGAGGGGCUAAUGAGUUGUGUAUUAGACGUUGCUGCCAAAUAGGAGGAUUCUAGAGUUGGUUUGGAGGGGGGCGAAGGGAUGUCUUUAUGAGCCUAGGAGAGUGGGGAGAUAGAUUCCUGAAGAGUCACGACUAUCUUGGGCCUCUAGUUGGUUAUUGUUCGCGUUUUUUGACGACUUAGUGAUGGGAUCACAAUCAUCUAUACGGUGCCGGCGUUUGCGCUUUUGAGUAAACUUUGUGAGGGCUAGCUGGUCAUGCCAAAGUUACUCGAUAAUAAUAUAUAUUGGAUAUCCCUGGAUUUCUUGG